AUUCCUUGCGAGAUGAAGCACGUAUUAACUUUGCUGACUCAGUGUUGAGUCAGUGAAGUUGAUAUGAGAGAAGAAAAACUUCAAUAAAACUAAAAUAAUUCUCGAAUGCACUCCUUUCUCUUGACCAAACAUGACAGAGAGUCAGGAAUGUGAUGACCAGAUGUUAAUCGAGGACGACGGGCUUCGCUGUGUUGUCAAAAUGGAACCUGAAACAAGGGAGAUUUCAAAGAGAAUCAUCUUGUUAAUAGCGUGCUUGAGUGCUCUGUGUGACUGCCUCCUGUUGUCUGUAAUCGUACCAAUUAUACCAGUAUAUUUGGAUGUAACUGAAAUACCAACAACUAGACCACAGAUUGCUGCCAACUCAACAAGCAACAAAACAUUUGCAACUGUUUCCCCAUCAACAGCAAUAGAUUCAUCCAUGGAUCUUAAAAUUGGGGCUCUAUUUGCAUCCAAAGCCUUUGUUCAGAUUAUGGUGAAUCCAGCAGCAGGGCAUCUAACAGAAAGAGUGGGUUACAGCAUCCCAUUAUACAGUGGUUUUUGUGUCUUAUUUGUAUCAACUCUGGUGUAUGGCUUUGCAUCAGGAUAUUGGCUUCUCUUUGUAGCAAGGGCCAUUCAGGGGUUAGGAUCUUCUUUUGUUCUCAUUUCUAGUUUAGCAAUGCUUGCAGCUGCCCACCCUGAUGAUAACGAACGUGGGACAGCAAUAGGUAUAGCAAUGGGAGUGACAGGUCUUGGUGUCCUAGCUGGGCCGCCCUUUGGAGGAUUGUUUUACAGUAUUGGAGGCAAGGGCCUUCCAUUCUUCAUACUUGCUGGUUUCAUUUUUUUAACAUUUGUGUUGGUGGUUAUUAGUCAGAAGCCAGUUAUGCCAAAAGAUACAGUAAAACCCACCCUCAAGGACUUGUUGUCAGAUCCUUACAUUCUGAUUGCCAGUGGUGCUGUAUGUUUCUGCAACAUGUCAUUUGCUCUGCUAGAACCAACAUUACCAAUAUGGCUGUUAGAAACUAUGGAUGCCAAGAAAUGGCAGAUAGGUCUUAUUUUCCUGCCCUCUACUGGAGCAUACCUUAUAGCAACACCACUCUUAGGAAAACUGGGCAAUAUCAUCGGCAGGUGGCUUGCAUCUCUGAUUGGACUUGUGUUGGUUGCUGUUAGUUUAUUUGUGGGUGAUUCAUUCUCACCUCUCCCCCGUGAGGAGAGUCAGAAGCAUAUAACUCAGAAUAGGUUAUAUACUUCUGGCGGUAUAGAGCGUGUUGUAAAUCAUCAAGUGAAGAAAGGUGAUGUGCUGUGCUUCGUUCUUUUUUACUUGUUCAUCUUCUAGAACAGAAAGAUCGCCAGCAAGUUGCAAGUAGCAGAAAUUUCGGUUAUUACGACCCGUACACUUUUGUUUCUGCAGAAAUCAAAAUAUCGAACAUCCGCUUGAUAGCACUCACAAAAGCUUUCGUGCUUCACGAUAGUAUUGAUAAGCGGCGGUUUCCUGUUUCAUGGAUCGUCGCUUGCGAGACUCCACAAUGUCCUGUAGAGUGCCAACACCUUCAUGAGAUUAAUCAUUUCAUCAAGGAAUUUCCUUAAGUGAGGGCAGAUUUUCCUUGUCACGGAAUGGACAGUAAUUAACAUUAACAUAUAAUUGAUGCUUUCCCAUCAGCUGUUCUGUAUUUUUACACAUUGU